CGGCGGAGGCGGGCGCGGGCGCGUCCCUGUGGCCAGUCACCCGGCGGAGUUGGUCGCACAAUUAUGAAAGACUCAGUUUCUGCUGCUAGUGCCGGAGCUGAGUUAGUUCUGAGAAGGUUUCCCUGGGCUGUCCUUGUCCGGCGGCCUCUGCUGCCGCCUCCGGAGACGCUUCCCGAUAGAUGGCUACAGGCCGCGGAGGAGGAGGAGGUGGAGUUGCUGCCCUUCCGGAGUCCGCCCCGUGAGGAGAAUGUCCCAGAAAUCCUGGAUAGAAAGCACUUUGACCAAGAGGGAAUGUGUAUACAUUAUACCAAGUUCAAAAGACCCUCACAGGUGCCUUCCAGGAUGUCAAAUUUGUCAACAACUCGUCAGGUGUUUUUGUGGUCGCUUGGUCAAGCAACAUGCUUGUUUUACUGCAAGUCUUGCCAUGAAAUACUCAGAUGUGAAAUUGGGUGACCAUUUUAAUCAGACAUUAGAAGAGUGGUCUGUGGAAAAACAUACAGAACAGAGCCCAACGGAUGCUUAUGGAGUCAUAAAUUUUCAAGGGGGUUCUCAUUCCUACAGAGCUAAGUAUGUGAGGCUAUCAUAUGACACCAAACCUGAAGUCAUUCUACAACUUCUUCUUAAAGAAUGGCAAAUGGAAUUACCCAAACUUGUUAUCUCUGUACACGGUGGCAUGCAGAAAUUUGAGCUUCACCCACGAAUCAAGCAGUUGCUUGGAAAGGGUCUUAUUAAAGCUGCAGUUACAACUGGAGCCUGGAUUUUAACAGGAGGAGUAAACACAGGUGUGGCAAAACAUGUUGGUGAUGCCCUUAAAGAACAUACUUCCAGAUCAUCUCGAAAGAUUUGCACUAUCGGAAUAGCUCCGUGGGGAGUGAUUGAAAACAGAAAUGAUCUUGUUGGGAGAGAUGUGGUUGCUCCUUACCAAACGUUAUUGAACCCUCUGAGCAAAUUGAAUGUUCUGAAUAAUCUACAUUCCCAUUUCAUAUUGGUGGAUGAUGGCACUGUUGGAAAGUAUGGGGCAGAAGUCAGACUGAGAAGAGAACUUGAAAAAACUAUUAAUCAGCAAAGAAUUCAUGCUAGAAUUGUUCAAGGUGUUCCUGUGGUGGCACUUAUAUUUGAGGGUGGGCCAAACGUUAUCCUCACAGUUUUAGAAUACCUUCAGGAAAGUCCUCCUGUUCCAGUCGUCGUAUGUGAAGGAACAGGCAGGGCUGCAGAUCUACUAGCAUAUAUUCAUAAACAGACAGAAGAAGGAGGGAAUCUUCAUGAUGCAGCAGAGCCUGAUAUUAUUUCAACCAUCAAAAAAACAUUUAACUUUGGCCAGAGUGAAGCAGUUCAUUUAUUUCAAACACUGAUGGAAUGUAUGAAAAGAAAGGAGCUCAUUACUGUUUUCCACAUUGGAUCAGAUGAACAUCAAGAUAUAGAUGUAGCAAUACUUACUGCACUGCUUAAAGGCACUAAUGCAUCUGCAUUUGACCAGCUCAUCCUUACAUUGGCAUGGGAUAGAGUUGACAUUGCCAAAAAUCAUGUAUUUGUUUAUGGACAGCAGUGGCUGGUUGGAUCCUUGGAACAAGCUAUGCUUGAUGCUCUUGUAAUGGAUAGAGUUGCAUUUGUAAAACUUCUUAUUGAAAAUGGAGUAAGCAUGCAUAAAUUCCUUACCAUUCCUAGACUGGAAGAACUUUACAACACUAAACAAGGCCCAACUAAUCCAAUGCUAUUUCAUCUUGUUCGAGAUGUCAAACAGGGAAAUCUUCCUCCAGGAUAUAAGAUCACUCUAAUUGAUAUAGGACUUGUUAUUGAAUAUCUUAUGGGAGGAACCUAUAGAUGCACCUACACUCGGAAACGUUUUCGAUUAAUAUAUAAUAGUCUUGGUGGAAAUAAUCGGAGGUCUGGCAGAAAUACCUCCAGCAGCACUCCUCAAUUGCGAAAGAGUCAGGAAUCUUUUGGCAAUAGAGCAGAUAAAAAGGAAAAAAUGAGGCAUAAUCAUUUCAUUAAAACAGCACAGCCCUACCGACCAAAGAUUGAUACAGCUGUGGAAGAAGGAAAGAAGAAAAGAACCAAAGAUGAAAUUGUAGAUAUUGAUGAUCCAGAAACCAAGCGCUUUCCUUAUCCACUUAAUGAACUGCUAAUUUGGGCUUGCCUUAUGAAGAGGCAGGUCAUGGCCCGUUUUUUGUGGCAGCAUGGUGAAGAAUCAAUGGCUAAAGCAUUAGUUGCCUGUAAGAUCUAUCGUUCAAUGGCAUAUGAAGCAAAGCAGAGUGACCUCGUAGAUGAUACUUCAGAGGAAUUGAAACAAUAUUCCAAUGAUUUUGGUCAACUGGCAGUUGAAUUAUUAGAACAAUCCUUCAGACAAGAUGAAACCAUGGCUAUGAAAUUGCUCACUUAUGAACUGAAAAACUGGAGUAAUUCCACCUGUCUUAAGUUAGCAGUUUCUUCAAGACUUAGACCUUUUGUAGCCCACACCUGUACACAAAUGUUGUUAUCUGAUAUGUGGAUGGGAAGGCUGAAUAUGAGGAAAAAUUCCUGGUACAAGGUCAUACUAAGCAUUUUAGUUCCACCUGCCAUAUUAAUGUUAGAAUAUAAAACUAAGGCUGAAAUGUCUCAUAUUCCACAAUCUCAAGAUGCUCAUCAAAUGACAAUGGAAGAUAGUGAGAACAACUUUCAGAACAUAACAGAAGAGAUUCCCAUGGAAGUAUUUAAAGAAGUAAGAAUAUUGGACAGGAAUGAAGGGAAGAAUGAAUUGGAGAUACAAAUAAAAUCAAAAAAGCUUCCAAUCACACGGAAGUUUUAUGCCUUUUAUCAUGCACCAAUUGUAAAAUUCUGGUUUAACACGUUGGCAUACUUAGGAUUUCUGAUGCUUUAUACAUUUGUCGUUCUUGUACAAAUGGAACAAUUACCUUCAGUUCAAGAAUGGAUUGUUAUUGCUUAUAUUUUUACCUAUGCUAUUGAGAAAGUCCGUGAGAUCUUUAUGUCUGAAGCUGGAAAAAUAAGCCAGAAGAUUAAAGUGUGGUUUAGUGAUUACUUCAAUAUCAGUGAUACAAUUGCCAUAAUUUCUUUCUUCAUUGGAUUUGGACUAAGAUUUGGAGCAAAAUGGAACUUUGAGAAUGCAUAUGAUAAUCAUGUUUUUGUGGCUGGAAGAUUAAUUUACUGUCUUAACAUAAUAUUUUGGUAUGUGCGUUUGCUAGAUUUUCUAGCUGUAAAUCAACAGGCAGGACCUUAUGUAAUGAUGAUUGGAAAAAUGGUGGCCAAUAUGUUCUACAUUGUAGUGAUUAUGGCUCUUGUAUUACUUAGUUUUGGUGUUCCCAGAAAGGCAAUACUUUAUCCUCGUGAAGCACCAUCUUGGACUCUUGCUAAAGACAUAGUUUUUCAUCCAUACUGGAUGAUUUUUGGUGAAGUUUAUGCAUAUGAAAUUGAUGUUUGUGCAAAGGAUUCCACUAUCACUGAAAUCUGUGGUCCUGGGACAUGGUUGACUCCAUUUCUUCAAGCAGUCUACCUCUUUGUACAGUAUAUCAUUAUGGUCAAUCUUCUUAUUGCAUUUUUCAACAAUGUGUAUUUACAAGUGAAGGCAAUUUCCAAUAUUGUAUGGAAGUACCAACGUUAUCAUUUUAUUAUGGCUUAUCAUGAGAAACCAGUUCUGCCUCCACCACUUAUCAUUCUCAGCCAUAUAGUUUCUCUGUUUUGCUGCAUAUGUAAAAGAAGAAAAAAAGACAAGACUUCGGAUGGACCAAAACUUUUUUUAACAGAAGAAGAUCAAAAGAAACUUCAUGAUUUUGAAGAGCAGUGUGUUGAGAUGUAUUUUAAUGAAAAAGAUGACAAAUUCCAUUCUGGGAGUGAAGAGAGAAUUCGUGUCACUUUUGAAAGAGUGGAGCAGAUGUCCAUUCAGAUUAAAGAAGUUGGAGAUCGCGUCAACUAUAUCAAAAGAUCAUUACAAUCAUUAGAUUCUCAAAUUGGCCAUUUGCAAGAUCUUUCGGCCCUGACUGUAGAUACAUUAAAAACACUCACUGCCCAGAAAGCUUCAGAAGCUAGCAAAGUUCACAAUGAAAUCACACGAGAAUUGAGCAUUUCCAAACAUUUGGCUCAAAACCUUAUUGAUGAUGGUCCUGUAAGACCUUCUGUAUGGAAAAAGCACAGUGUUGUAAAUACACUUAGCUCCUCUCUUCCUCAAAGUGGUCUUGAAAGUAAUAAUCCUUUUCUUUGUAAUAUUUUUAUGAAAGAUGAAAAAGAUUCCCAAUUUAACAUAUCUGGUCAGGAUUUACCUGUAAUACCCCAGAGAAAAGAAUUCAAUUUUCCAGAGGCUGGUUCCUCUUGUGGUGCCUUAUUCCCAAGUGCUGUCUCUCCUCCAGAACUGCGACAGAGACAACAUGGAGUAGAAACCUUAAAAAUGUUUAGUAAAACUCAAAAAUCAGGCAGUUCGUCUAAUAGCAUACCACAUCUGUCAUCCCCACCAACCAAAUUUUUUGUUAGUACACCAUCCCAGCCAAGUUGCAAAAGCCACUUGGAAACUAUAACCAAAGAUCAAGAAACUGUUUGUUCUAAAGCUGCAGAAGGAGAUAAUGUAGAAUUUGGAGCAUUCGUAGGACACAGAGAUAGCAUGGAUUUACAGAGGUUUAAAGAAACGUCAAACAAGAUAAAAGAAAUAUUAUCCAAUGAUAUUCCUUCUGAAGACACUCUGAAACUUGUGAGUUCUCAUGCUGGAUUUACUGAGUGUCACAAAACUUCUGUUCCUCUUCAUUCAGAGCAAGUGGAAAGUAACAGUAGAAGGCCAUCUAUAGAAGACACUCAUGAAGUAGAUUCCAAAGCAGCUUUACUACCGGUUUGUACAUUUCAAUUAAACAUAUGUGUAUUUAAAAAUAUUUAUUUAGGGCUUCCUGGUCUCAUUUGUUUAUUUACCAUUUUAGGUCUUGCUUCUCCAUUUAAACCAGUUAUGGAUACAAAUUACUAUUACUCAGCUGUGGAAAGAAAUAACUUGAUGAGAUUAUCCCAGAGCAUUCCAUUUACACCUGUGCCUCCAAGAGGUGAGCCUGUCACAGUGUAUCGCUUGGAAGAGAGUUCUCCCAACAUACUGAAUAACAGCAUGUCUUCGUGGUCACAGCUAGGCCUCUGUGCCAAAAUAGAGUUUUUAAGUAAAGAGGAGAUGGGAGGAGGUUUACGAAGAGCUGUCAAAGUACAGUGUACUUGGUCAGAACAUGAUAUCCUCAAAUCAGGACAUCUUUAUAUUAUCAAAUCUUUUCUUCCUGAGGUGGUUAAUACAUGGUCAAGUAUUUAUAAAGAAGAUACAGUUCUGCAUCUUUGUCUUAGAGAAAUUCAACAACAGAGAGCAGCACAAAAGCUCACAUUUGCCUUCAACCAAAUGAAACCCAAAUCCAUACCAUAUUCUCCAAGGUUCCUUGAAGUUUUCCUGCUGUAUUGCCAUUCAGCAGGACAGUGGUUCGCUGUGGAAGAAUGUAUGACUGGAGAAUUUAGAAAAUACAACAACAAUAAUGGUGAUGAGAUUAUUCCAACAAAUACACUGGAAGAGAUCAUGCUAGCCUUUAGCCAUUGGACUUAUGAAUAUACAAGAGGGGAGUUACUGGUACUUGAUUUACAAGGUGUGGGUGAAAAUUUGACUGACCCAUCUGUGAUAAAGGCAGAAGAAAAGAGAUCCUGUGAUAUGGUUUUUGGCCCAGCAAACCUAGGAGAAGAUGCAAUAAAAAACUUCAGAGCAAAACAUCACUGUAAUUCUUGCUGUAGAAAGCUUAAACUUCCAGAUCUGAAGAGGAAUGACUAUACACCUGACAAAGUUAUAUUUCCUCAGGAUGAGCCUUCUGAUUUGACUCUUCAGCCUGGAAAUUCCACCAAAGAAUCAGAAUCAACUAAUUCUAUUCGUCUGAUGUUAUAAUAUUACUGAGUCAUUGGUUUUGCCUACACCUCACAAAAAUGUUACUGUCGCUUUUCAUUUAGGAGGGAACUGUUUGGUAAUAAAGAAAAGCGUGUGCUAAUUGAAUAUGCUGAACUGGCACAUUUAAAAGGUCAAUAUUCUUUUGACCUGAUUAAAUUAGUUGGGAACUCCCUAUACAAUACAGCUGGCAGCUGUUAAAUUUUAAAGGUAAAAAAAAAUUAGUAUUUAUAACUUUUUAAAGGGCUCUUUUUAACAGAGGAUUUCAUUUGACUUUGUUCUGAUGAGGGUAAUACCCUCUCUUCAUGUGGUGCAAUACCAUUAACCAAAGUUAGGUGUCCGUGCAGAUUUUAUUGGCAGCUGGUUUACUGCCAUUCAGCUAGCAAAAUGAAGAAAUCACCCAGUCUUUUGGUUAAAUGGCAGUCAGGUGUCUUCCUCAGUGUGUUUCAGUGUGUUCAGUGAUGAUGUCACUAGUGCCCAGCUAGAUGCUUGUUGUUUCCCGUCUCAUGGGAAAGGAGAUGACUUGUUACAAUUCUAGAUCUACAGGGAUAUAGAAAGCCCAAGCAGAAAACCAUUUUCUAAGAGGGACCUUAUGAAUCAGGGUUAGGCUCCUAUUUAAAAGGUAGAGCCAGUGUUUUUCGUUAAAUAGAGCCCAAAUUGUGCAAAGUAUUAGUGCUUUUUUUUUUUUUUUUUUU